CUCCCCUAAGCGCCAUCCCCACCAAUGCUGCGUUUCUUUGCUACACACGACAAGAAGACCUCCAGGUCUUCCUGUCCUCGGCUCUGAUUUCCCCUUCCGGGGGAAAUCAUCCGAAACCCCCUUGCAAAUGAGAAAUUCGGAGGAAUCUUCACCCUAUGCACCCGCCAUUUGGAAAAUGAUUCAUUUCCUAAAUGGCCGGUACUGCCCUCAAGGGCCUGGUGUGACAUCCUUGCACACACCUGCAAUUGGCAUCAGAAACAUCGGGGGAGGAAGGCGAAGGGAUGUAAGGGUUCGCUCUUGCAUUUCUUUUCCUUUUCUCUUUUUCCCCAUGGGAGAGUCGUUGCGAAGAUUGUGUGUGCACUCGGCAACUUUUGACCGGGUGUGCGACACUUUAGUGCAAUACGCAGCAUGCCGUUUCCUGUUCCCCCCUCGCUGCUCACCCCCCUUAUGGGGGGUGGGUUGGAGGGGGAGGAUGGGAUUGGUAUCAUUCGAUUCCGAUUAUUCUGGUGGGGGUGGCGCUUCACUUCUUUUUUCUGAGGUUAGUUGGAUCCCCUAUCUUAUGAAAUCAUGUGUCUUCGCGGUUAGAGAACUGGAAAGGACUUUGUUUUCCCCCGGCUAAUUGUUGGGUUUGGGGACCUGUAUGGGUCCUUGUUUUAGGUUCUUGAUGGCCUAGGGGGGUUGGGGAUACCCUAUAUUGGUAAUGAGGAAGAGCCGUUAUGGGCAUGUGUUUAAGCUGCUAUUGCAGGAUAGUUAUAUACGUCUGUUGAGAAUGCAGCUUCCCAUUGCACAAUUCACUGCUUCGUACUUCGAAUAAGACAUGUAGAGAGACUGGACAGAAUUAUCGUAAC